GUUAUUUCCGUUCACCCCCAGCACUAAAGCCCAAAUCGCUUAGUCAUCACCCGCCACAUCGGAGCGAACACGGCAUCCCUCGGCGUCCAUCGGUCCGCUCUCACAUCCCCCAACACCACCGUCCACAGCAUCACCACAACCUCCAUCCAGCUUCCUAGCUCCCCAUACAUCGCACAAAUAAUACACUACUCUAUUCCCACCCCCCGCAGUCAUGGAUGCUGCAAAUAUAAAUUCCACCACGCGCCAAGCUUCCACACCUACCCCGACUGCAAGCGCGGCGCCACCCGCACCCCCUGCAGCCACCUCCGCCGCUGGUGGCUCCCCAGGCACAGCGACGAAGCGGAAACGGAUUGCGUGUACAUUAUGUCGUGAAUCGAAAGUUCGCUGUGUUGGGCCCUCUGAUCGAUGUGCGCGCUGCGAGAGGUUGGGGGUGGAGUGUCGGACUGAUAAGGGGUUUCGGAGGUCGAAUAAACGGAGUAAAGUUGAAGCGCUUGAGAGACAGGUGGAGAGGUUGUUGGAAGCUGCGGAGCAGGGGGGGGGUGCUGAGUUAAGGUCGCUGAGGGGGUCUAUGGCGCCGAUGGGGGGGAGUAUGGGGGUUGAGGAGGGGGCGCCGGCGACACCUAGGACUAUGGGCGGGGAGGAGGGUAGUGCUGUGGGAGUGAGAGGGAGGGAGAGUGAAGGGCCUGGGGAGAGAAGUGCGGGUGUACCGCGAGCUGUUGAGCGACCUGUGACGGCCGAGAGGAUUGAGGGUGUCACACCCGGUCCGGAGGGUACGACAGCUCGGGUUCUUGAAGGGGUUGAGGUUAGCGCGGGUCAGAUUGAUUCGUUGUUCAGACUGUAUUUCGCGCGUUUCCACCCGUUUCUCCCCCUACUAGACCCAGCGCGGUCUCCAGACCAGUAUUACGAAUCUUCGACCCUGUUGUUUUGGGCGAUUAUAACUAUUGCCGCGCGUCGACACCGCGAUUACCCCCGUCUCCUAGAGAGUCUAACUGGUCCAGUAUCGACUCUCCUAUGGAAGACGGUGCAGAUAUCGGCAGCGGAACUGAUGAACCUCUGGCCCGUCCAAGCGUUCAUCAUACUGUGCACCUGGCCGCUGCCAUCAAAUCGCGUAUGGACUGAUCCAUCGUUUAUGCUGAGCAACAUCGCUGUUACGUCUGCAAUCCAGAUUGGACUCCAUAGACCUGAGCAUCCUAAGGAGUUUCUGGCGAGGCCGAGUAGGCAGUAUGUAGAUUUUGUGGUUAAUGAGAGCGAGACGAGCGAGAGGAUGAGGACAUGGGCGGCUUGUAAUAUUAUUAGCCAGUCGAUUACGGCGGAUUUCGGGCAUGGGUCGGCUGGGCCUUGUUUUGACUGGGCGAUUGAUCAGGCGUGUGAUAAUGGGCUUGGAACCUUUAGCCUGCCUGAUGAGAUUAGGCAUUGUCUUAUUAUUCAGCGGUUUUGCUAUCGGGUUACUAAAGCGAUGAUGACGGGCGCGAAUAGCACCGGUCUUCCACUCGAGCAUGACAGGUAUCUCCAACUAAUGCUGCUAGAAGAGGAAUUAAACGUCAUCGAGCAGCAACUCGGAAGCCAACUCUCCGAAAUCAACCACCUCCGCCACUGCGAAGCCCGCCUCUACCUAAACCUCUACCACUUCCUCGACUCCACCCUCACCGAGCCCCGCCGCAACGGCAUCCUCAAAGCCCACCACGCCGCCAGCACCCUCAUCACACGUCUCAUAACCAGCCACCCCGACAGCAACGGCUGGUACGACCGCCUCCUCUACGCCCCGCUUCACACCUUCCGCCUCCUCUGCACCGCGUGCAUCGUGCUCAUCACAACCAUCAACUCCACAUACUCCGAGUACCUCGACGCUGCGGCGGGGAAAUUGCUGUUUAACAGCGCGGUGUUCGCGAUGCGCAGGAUGUCGAUUAGAGAGGGUGAUGGCCCGGAGAAGGGGGCGUGUGUUAUGGCGGAGAUGUGGGGGGCGUGUGAGGUGGCGUAUAAGAGACAGCCGGGGGAACCGAGGAUUAGGAUUAAGGCGAGGAUGGCGGCGAGUUUGACGUAUGAUACUUUUUUGAGGAGGCAUGUAUUUAGUACCUGUCAUAAGGGGGGGGUGAAUGCUGCCGCUGCUGAUAAGGGAUUACCGACGCCAGCUGGUGGUGAUGGGGGGGGAGGGGAUGGGGGGGAGGCGGGGUUGAUGGAGGAUUGUAUUAUGGAUUAUUGGCAGGAUUAUCCGAAUCCGAGCUAUAUCUGGGAUGAUGAUUUUUCGACUAGCUUGGCUGAUUUUAUCACCUAG